AUGGUUGUCCAAAUUGUUACAAGUUCAGGAGAUACAAAUUGUGCCCUAUGGGACAUUGAAACUGCCCAGCAGACCACCACAUUCACUGGGCAUUCUGGAGAUGUGAUGAGUCUUUCUUUGAGUCCUGACAUGAGGACUUUUGUUUCUGGUGCUUGUGAUGCCUCUUCCAACUUAUGGGAUAUUCGAGAUGGAAUGUGUAGACAGUCUUUCUCUGGACAUGUGUCAGAUAUUAAUGCUGUCAGUUUUUUUCCAAAUGGCUAUGCCUUUGCCACUGGCUCCGAUGAUGCCACUUGCCGUCUCUUUGACCUUCAUGCAGACCAAGAGUUAUUAUUGUAUUCUCAUGAUAAUAUUAUCUGUGGGAUCACCUCUGUAGCCUUCUCAAAAAGUGGGCGUCUCCUGUUAGCUAGUUAUGACGACUUCAAUUGUAACGUGUGGGACACACUAAAAGGAGAUCGUGCAGGUGUUCUUGCUGGUCAUGACAACCGGGUCAGCUGUCUGGGUGUAACUUGUGUGUUUCCCCCCACGUCCUCCGUGGUUUAG